CAGCGAAUUCGAAAUGGCUGGAUGCCCACUAUGACCCAGUGGCCAACCUGUACACAUUUUCCUCUUGUGUCACCCUGGCUGACCUCUAUGGUGAUGGAGACUGUAAGCUGGUGGUGGGUGACCUGGGUUCGACAGGGCAUGAGAUGAAGCUGAAGGUGUAUCAAGGCAUGGGCCUCCUGAGCGAGAAUGCCCUGCCUGACCUGCCGGUUAGCGUCACCACCUUCCUGAUGGAGCAACACGAGCCCCGCAUGCCUGCCGUAGCCGUGGCCUCUGGGCCCUUCAUCUACGUCUACAAGAACCUACGUCCCUACUUCAAGUUUACAUUGCCCUCCCUGGAACUUAACCCCAUGGAGAAGAGUGUUUGGGACCAGGCUAAAGAGGACAAGGUUGACCUGAUGUCCAUGAAAGAGAUGUUGGAGGAGAUACGAGAAAAUGCUGAGAUGCCCUUAUCAGUGCAGUCCUUGAGGUUUUUGUCCCUUGACCUCCCUGAGAUGGAAUCAUUCGUGAAUCAAUACAAGAUGCAAGCCAUCAAGCGUCAGACUGUGAUCACCUGCAUGGCUACCCUGAAGAAGAACAUGGUGGAUGAGGAUGCUGUCAGUUGCUUGGUGAUUGGAACGGAAAACAACGAAAUCCUAAUCUUGGACCCUGAAGCUUUUACCAUCCUGGCAAAGAUGACGGUGCCGAGUGUGCCAGCAUUCCUGGAUGUCACUGGGCAGUUUGAUGUGGAAUACCGACUCACGGUGGCUUGCCGUAAUGGAUGCAUCUAUAUCCUACGCAGGUGGGAGAAUGAAGGAAGGGGGAUUGUUGAAAAGUGCAGAGAUGGUAGAGGUCAGCAGCUAUAG